ACGUGUACUUGAUCCAUGUGCAGCAGCUGAAGAUGAAGGUUUAAAAAAUCGGAUUAUAUCUGGAAUUGUUGUACUUUGUGGUCUUGUUAUUAUUGCAAUAUUAAUUGGUACAAUUGUCACUUUUAUGGAUGAGAAAUUAAAAGAAUUAAAAAAAGGACAUACAACAGUUAUUGAAAAGAAUCACACAAUAAUUCUAGGAUGGUCACCAAAAAUAUUUGAUAUUAUUCAUGAACUAAUUAGUGCAAAUGAAAGUCAGCGAAGCCCAUCAAUUGUUAUUUUAACAUCAAAAAAUCGUAGUGAAGUACAGUAUAUGAUUAAAAAUAAAAUACAGAACUCAAAAAAUACUAGAAUUAUUUGUCGAAACGGUAAUCCAAUGUCGAUCACUGAUUUGAGUAAAUUGAGUCCUAAUCAAGCACGAUCGAUAAUUAUACUAUCACCGGAAAUAAACAAUCCUGAUGUUCGAGUAAUAAAAACAAUAUUAGCAAUAAGAAAUAAUCCGCAACGAAAUAAAAUUAACUUUCAUAUUGUAGUCGAAAUCAAAGAAAGAAUUAAUUUAGAAGUGGCAACGAUUGCAGGCGGAGAUGAAGCAUUAUUUGUCUAUGCUGAUGAAAUAAUUGCACGAAUUAUAGCUCAGUCAUGUCGACAAAGUGGUUUAAGUAUAAUAUUAACAAAUUUAUUAUCAUUUGAAUAUGAUGAAAUUUAUUUCAAAUAUGAAAGUACACUUGUUGGUAAAACAUUUUAUGAUGCCAUAUUUUCAUAUAAUAAAUGUUCAGUCAUUGGAUUAAUGUUAGCUGAUGGAACAGUUAAAAUACUUCCACCAUUAAAUAUGCUAAUAAAUAUUGAUGAUCAAAUAAUUGUUAUCGCUGAAGAUGAUGAUAAAAUUAUAUUAUCAAAAGGUUAUUUAGGACCAACAUCACCACCAAUAAUUAGUCAUAAUACAGUUUUAUUGUCAACACAAAUGACUAGACGAGCAACGAAAAUUGUUGAACGAAAUCUUCUACUCGGAUGGAAUAAUACAGCUCCAUUAAUUAUCAAAGAAUUGGAUACUUAUGUUGCCCGCGGUAGUGAACUACAUAUACUAACAAAUUCUGAUCAAAUAACAAAAUUUAUAGAUGAACAAUUGAUUAAUGAAGUAACAGAACAAAAUCUAUUUGUACAUUCUGGAAAUUUAACAAAUAAAUAUGAUUUAGAAAAAUUAAAUUUAUUUUCUUAUAAUUAUAUCAUAUUAUUAGCAAAUGAAGAAAAUAAAGAUCAAAAUUUAAGUGAAGAUGCUGAUGCUGAAUGUUUAAUUUGUUUAUUACAUUUACGAAAUAUUAUUGAUAAGUCAAAUAACGAAAAGAAAUUUAGUAUUGUAAUAGAAAUGCAUGAUAUACGUAAUCGUCAGCUAGCAAAUAUAACAUAUGCAGAUGAUUUUAUUGUUAGUCCAAAUCCGAUAUCAAAAUAUAUCUCACAGUUAUCGGAAAAUAAAAAUAUUAAAAAAGUUUAUGAUGUUUUAUUAACAGCCGAUGGUCCUGAAAUAUAUUUUUGUCCAGCAUCAAUGUUCAUUCCAUUGGAAACACCAAUUAGUUAUUAUGAGAUUGUACAAGAAACAUUAAAAUAUGAAUGUAUAGCUAUUGGUUAUCGAUUAAUGAAAUAUCUACAUGAUGAAACAAGAUUUUAUGGAAUUGUUUUAAAUCCAGAUAAACAAGAACAAGUUAUAUUUUCAAAGCAUGAUAAAAUUAUAAUUUUAGCUGAACAAUUUAUAUCAUCAUCUCAGAAUAAUUGUACUAAUUUCUAA